AUGGCUCAAGCUAUCGCUGGAGGAUCGGAUCGUAAUGGCCAACUCAAGAAUAUCGACCAGGCAUUCCACGACUUCAUGACACGAUACAAUAAGAAGUAUAAGACGGAUGAGCAGUACCAGGUUGCAAAGGCUGCUUUUGCAGGAAACAUGAGGGAGAUAGAGGAAUUGAGAGCGAACGACGAUAUAACCCAUGAAGUCGGUCUGAACGAGUAUGCAGAUCUGCCACCUGAAGUAUUCGAUACAGAGUUCCAGUGUGCAGGAGAUCCACAAUCCAAAAGAAACUUGCGAUCAGUCAAUGCGACUUACUUACAAGAUCUCAUCAUGGAUCCUCCUCCGUCGAUUGAUUGGGAAGCCGCUGGCGCUUUAGCUCCAGUCCGGGAUUCAAAGAAUUGCGGUGCCUGCUACGCCAUAGUGGCUUCCAUCGUCAUGGAGAGUCGUUUCAAGAUACACACCGGAAUUACUGAAGUGGUCCCAUUCUCAGUUCAACAGAUAGUUGACUGUAGUAGAUCCUUCGGAAAUAAGGGAUGCGAUGGAGGCUCAGCCGGGAGGUCAUAUCUGUAUGCGGAGAAAUAUGGCAUUGUGCGAGACAGAAGCUAUCCCUAUAUGGGUAAGGCCGGCAAGUGUAAGAAGAUCACUAAGGAUACCAAGGAGCAGUGUCUCAAGCCUGCUGAUAUUAUUUCCACCCCGACCAUACCGGCAGCCAACGAGGCUCUAGUGAUGCAAGCUUUGACUACCGGGCCCGUGCCGGCUAAAGUGUAUGCUCAGGCCCCGUCGUUCAAACAUUACGCGGGAGGGAUUAUCACAGUCAAGAGCUGCGGAGUCGCUCCCGCAAGUCAUACCGUAACUAUCGUGGGUUACAACACUUCCUCGAAUGGAGUUCGGUAUUGGAAGAUUCUCAACGGCUGGGGAAAAAAUUGGGGACUGAAAGGUUUUGCUUACAUCGAACGAACCGGCAACGAACCAGGUCCAUGUAAUUUCCUCUCCGAAGACGAGUUCUUCCCAACGUUCGGCCCCACCAUUAAUAGCUCUUCUUGUGCUGCAAGUCGUUGAAGCGGAGCGUCGAACCAAGUGCUCGCGUAUGAUGCGACUCAUCAUCGUGCCACCUCUAUGCUACUCUAUCCAACCCUUGUUUCGUUGUAGCACUAUGGAAUCCAUAUUAUGGAUUUCACUAUUUUUUCCAUACCGUAUUCUUCAUCGUAUGAGUCCCAUAUCAUCCAAUAGUAUAGUGCUGUGUCCUUUCCGAUCUUUUUCCGAAGACAUUCUGAGGAGAGGUUCAAUCUGGUAUUCGUCUCGAGGUGAGGUUCAACCUGAUUGAGGUGUAACUGUGCGCCUCAAAUCGAUUGUUGUGGCGUGCAACCCAUAGAUGUUUGAGUGCUCUAUGAUUUCCAGUGCUUUGGGUCGCAGCCAAGAUUCAUGUUAUGUUGUUAAAACCUUUGCGCCAACUAGCAUUUUGUUGAGACUCACCAAUCAAUCUUCUAUUUGCG